AUGGCAAGCCCCCGAGCCCCAGAUGAUGAGGUCGUGGUCCAGCCUCCUCUGCCACAAGUCGCCGGCUACCUGAUAGUCGUGGUUCUGGGACUGAUCAUCGCAUUGGUGAUGAUGCUCAUCACCAAGAUUCUCAAGAAAACAGCAGGUGAAGAUAACAAGAAGACAGAAAUGUUUAUGACCGCGAACCGAACCCUUCGGACUGGAUUGACAGCGUCUGCAGUCAUAUCGUCAUGGCUCUGGUCAACCGCCAUGUUGGGCUCUGCGUUUGUUGGCUAUGAUUAUGGCGUGUCGGGUCCUUUUUGGUUCGCCGCGGGCUGUAGUCCAAUGAUCGUCUUCUUCGCCCUGCUGGGAAUCUCUUGCAAGAGGAAGAUUCCUGACGCCCAUACAUCGCUGGAAGUUGUUCGGAUUCGCUAUGGUCGAAUCGCCCAUGUGGUCUUCAUGACACUCUGUUUGAUCAACAACAUCUUCGCUUGUGCCAAUAUGCUCUUAGGUGCAGCGGCAGUGAUUGCAGCCCUGACGGGUGUGCACAUUGUCGCAGCCACAUUCCUCUUGCCUGUCGGUGUGACUGUCUAUACCUUUGUUGGCGGCAUCAAAGCAACGUUCUUGACCGAUUAUUUCCACACUGCCGUCAUACUUAUCAUUGCAUGUUACUUUUCAAUCAAAGCAUUUACGGUUGACCAGGUUGGCUCCAUCGGCAAGCUGUACGAGCUUGUCAAGUCGGCUUCUCAGCGGCACCCAGUUUCUGGAAAUCAUGAUGCCACUUACCUGACGAUGACCUCCAAAGGCGGCAUCCUGUUCGGCAUUCUGCAUAUAUGCUCCAAUUUCGGCUUGGUCAUUAUGGACACGAGUUUCUUCAUCAGAGCAUUCUCGGCUGCUCCAUCGGCAGUGGUGCCCGGAUAUACAGUCGGAGGCAUUGCAUACUUUGCCAUUCCAUGGGCUCUAGGAACCAUCAUGAGUUCGGUGGCACUAGGUCUAGAGAAUCAGCCAAUCUUCCCAACCUACCCACGCCGCAUGACAUCGACUGAGGUCAGCAAUGGACUCGUCCUGCCUUAUGCAGCCAUGGCGAUUGCAGGUAAAGGAGGCGCGGCGGCCAUCCUUCUCGUCACGUUUAUGGCGGUGACGUCGACACUGUCGGCGCAGGUUAUAGCAGUCAGCUCGAUCCUUAGCUUUGAUGUCUAUCGCGAAUAUUUCAACCGAAAGGCCUCUGACCGCGACAUCAUCCGUUCGAGUCAUUUCGGUGUCAUCUUCUUCGCGGCCUUUUCCGCUGGCUUUAGUACCAUGCUGCACUACGUUGGCAUAGACCUGGGAUGGACCCUGUAUAUGCUCGGCGUGGUCACCUGUCCGGGCAUCUUCCCAAUGGCCUUGACCAUUCUGUGGCGCCAGCAGAACAAAGCAGCCGCAAUCUUUGCCCCAGUGCUUGGGUUGGCAACCGGUCUUGGUGUCUGGCUCGGAACGGCCAAGCAGUUUUAUGGCGCCGUUACGGUGUCAACAACAGGACAGAUCCUGCCCUGCGUCUACGGCACCGUCGCCUCUGCCUUUUCACCCAUCGUUUACUCGACCAUCCUCACUCUCCUGCAACCACAGAGAUACGAUUGGGCGGAGUUCAAGAAAGAGAAACUGGCUCUGGAGGAACUCAAAGAUGACCUCACAACAGUGCGCAGUCACCGGUCGAAGGGCCAAUUGGACAACGGCCAUGGUAGUUCUUCAGCACCCAACGCGAAAGAAUUGAAGAGAUGGGGCCGCAUCGCCGCGUUCUGGUCAAUAGCCACCUUCUUAGGACAUUGGGUUCUGUGGCCACUCCCCAUGUACGGUGCCAAAUAUGUUUUCGGCAAAACAUUCUUCGUGGCCUGGGUAAUGGUUGCCAUCAUCUGGCUUUGGGGCACAAUGUUAGUGGCGAUUGUGUACCCUAUCGUCGAUGGAGGCAUCCAGCAGAUGGCACAAGUCUACCAAGGAUUGGCCUGGGGAAAAGCAUCGACAAGCACGCCAGUCGAGAGAUCAACACCUUCGUGUCCAUCAAUCCUUGAGGUGGAGCAGGUAAAAGCCUAA